ACACUAAGAAGACCGUGUGGAAAGCCAUCUCUUAGGGCUGAGGCGCCCGAACCCCGGGCUCUGAGUCUUGACGCAGCUUGGCUACAGGGACCAAGACGAGGACAAGAGGUGCUUACGCGAACGCGAGGUGGCGGCUACACCCACCGACCAGUAAGACCAUGUUGCGCGGCAAGUCCCGGCUCAAUGUGGAGUGGCUGGGCUACUCGCCCGGCCUGCUCGUUGAGCAGAGACAACUCCUGGCAGCGCGCACUCCUCGGAGCCCCCGCCGAACUGAAAGUUCAUUAGCAUCUACCCUGAAGACGCUCCUGUUCUUCACAGCUUUAAUGAUCACUGUUCCUAUUGGGUUGUAUUUCACGACUAAAUCUUAUAUAUUUGAAGGUGCCCUUGGGAUGUCCAAUAGGGACAGCUAUUUUUAUGCUGCUAUUGUUGCAGUGGUUGCUGUCCAUGUGGUGCUGGCUCUGUUUGUGUACGUGGCCUGGAAUGAAGGCUCACGACAAUGGCGUGAAGGAAAACAGGAUUAAAGUGAAUGUCACCUUUUGAUAGCAUUAAAUUGAUCUUUUCAAAAUGGCAAAUGCUGGGGGAAGGGGACAUUGCUGAUUUGAAUAAAGUUGAAAAAACAUGUUAAAA